AUGAAAUCGUUCGAACUCCUCCAAUACAAUGUGCUCAAGUCGUGGGAUGUGAUGGCCUCAUUCCCGCAGGUCGAGGUGCAAGAGCCGUGGAGGAACGGCAGAAACAAAACAACACACCAGCCAGCCAUAGUGAUGUUCCAGUUACUAUACUCCGAAACAUCAGGGCCGGACCCACCGGGGUUCUGCUGGUUUGUACCGAAGAAGGGCCUUUUGAGCCCCCGAAACGCAGGAACUAGACCGUUAUCGAUGGAAGAGCAUUGGAUUAGCAGGGAUAUGGCCCGUGCUGGGCAAACGCGCAUUCAAGUCGUGUCGAUGAACAUCGGACACGACGAACUGCUCCGACAAAAGGUCGCAGCCCCGGCUGUGGCCAGAUUAAUGAUUGACUCAGGUCUCUUGGAACAUUUUCAGACAGUGGAUUCUGUCGCCACGAGGGUCGAGAAAGGGGACGAAACAUGGAUUAUCCCAUAG